GCAGCACUACUUUAUAGGAUUUUUGACAGCUCAAUUCGUGAAUCAGAUGUUAUUGCUAUAAAUUGUGUUCUCCAUUUAAAAGAUUUUCCAAUUCGAACUGCAGUGAAUCGGGUGUUUUUGCGGACGCUCUAUAACAUUUUUUUCUCCAUUUAAAAGGUUUCCAAUUCGGCUUUAAUCAACUCGUAUUUAAUGAAGUGAUUAUAGAUAAUAAAUCCUGCGGCACCCAGAUUUUAGAGAGCACGAUUCCUACGCCCCACCCCGAACAGCUGGAGAUUGCUCACAUACACAAUUGUUUAUAAAAUCUCUCACAGUAAAAUAUUGUUGACAAAUUGGAAAUCUAGUCUUCCCGGUUUUAAACAGCCAUAGUGGUAGUGUUUCCCUCUACAACUACUAAAAACUUAUCUAUUCAAACGCGUUUAUUGUGCAGCGUUGGCAAACGACUUGAAUUACUACUUUAAAUAGAGUGAUUUGUGUUGAAGUCUUCACAAAGAUGUCCAUUAACCUCCGAACUGUGUACGCGUUUGCAAGAGAAAUGUAUCCAAAGAAGUCUACAGCUCCAGUGCAGUACGGCACUGCUGGAUUUCGUGGCAAAGCCGAAUUCCUGGACAGUGUGAUGUAUCGUAUGGGCGUAUUGGCUACACUUCGUUCUCGCAUUCGUGGUGGUGCUGUGAUUGGCGUUAUGGUCACAGCCUCACACAAUCCAGAGCCGGAUAAUGGAGUCAAAUUGAUAGAUCCAAAGGGCGAGAUGCUGGAAGCCAGCUGGGAAUCUAUUGCUACUGAUUUGGCUAAUGUUGAAGACAGUGAACUUGAAGCGCAUGUUGCGAAAAUUAUAAGUGACAAUAAAAUCGAUGUGGGCUCAUCGUCGAUUGUUUUCGUCGGUAUGGAUAAUCGCUAUCAUAGUCCACGUCUCUUGAAGGCAGUAGCCGAUGGCGUUAUUGCGCUGAAAGGUAACGUGCGUGAGUUUGGUAUUGUAACUACGCCCAUGCUGCACUUUUUUGUGGUCGCAGCGAAUACGAGAGGAGUUUAUGGGCAGCCAACCGAGGAGGGCUACUAUCGAAAGCUGAUCACAGCGUUUGAAACUUUGCGUGGCGAAAAGCUGGAGAAUGGCAAUUAUCGCAACAAGCUUGUAUUCGAUGGUGCAAAUGGCGUGGGAGCGCGUAAGAUGCUGCAGUUUCUUAAACGCAUGCAUAAUUCUCUGCAGGUGGACGUCAUCAACAAAGGUGAUGGGAAAAUUAAUGAGAAUUGUGGUGCCGAUUAUGUAAAGGUUAAGCAAGCACUGCCCAUAGGCAUGCCAAUUGUAGAGCCAUUUACGCGCUGUGUGAGCGUGGACGGUGAUGCCGAUCGUGUUGUAUACUUCUUCGCCGACGAUGCAGAUCAGUUUAGACUAUUGGAUGGUGAUCGCAUCGCCACUUUAGUGGCCGACUAUCUAAUGGAUAUGGUGAAGCGUUGCGGGCUUGAUUUGAGCAUGGGUUUAGUGCAAACGGCAUAUGCCAAUGGUGGCUCGACUGAUUAUAUUGCCAACACUCUGAAAGUACCUGUCGCAUGUGUGCCCACAGGUGUAAAGCAUCUGCAUCAUAAAGCAUUGCAAUACGACAUUGGUGUAUACUUUGAGGCGAAUGGCCACGGCACUGUUAUUUUCAGCGAUAAUGCCAAGAGUCUGAUAAAGGCGGCAUCCGAAACUAGCGCUGAUGCGAAAACAUUGUUGCAAGUUAUAGAUCUCAUAAAUGAAACUGUGGGUGACGCUAUAUCCGACAUGUUGCUAGUCGAAACUAUACUGAAUUAUAAGGGGUGGGACGUGAAAGAUUGGCUUGCGACGUACGAUGAUUUACCCAAUCUGCAAUUAAAGAUCAAAGUUCAAGAUCGUAAUGUGAUUACAACAACCGACGCGGAACGUGUGUGCGUUACACCCGUAGGAUUGCAAGAGGCCAUCGACAAAGUGGUAGGCAACUAUAAACGAGGUCGUGCAUUUGUUAGACCUUCAGGCACGGAAGAUGUAGUUCGUGUCUAUGCAGAAGCAGCUACAAAAAAUGAAACGGAAAGUCUAGCCUAUGAGGUAGGGAUUCUGGUGCAACAAUUGGCAGGUGGCAUAGGACCGGAACUCAUACAUCCCGGAAAGACAAUAAGCGCUCACAUCUAAAAUAAAUACAUACAUACCAUAUGGAUUUCACCUAUUUUUAAUAAACCAACUUUUCCAGCCGA